AUGGUCCUGCACCAGCCGGUUUCCCCGGAUCUCCGGCAAGCGAAGCCGGCGCUCGCCACUGGGCGGGCCCGGUCCGCCAGCCCGCCGCGCAGCUCACCACUCGCCGGGUUAACCGGCCUGCCCUGGAGCAACAUCACACGAAGGCUGCAGGUUUCCGCGUGCCGGAGACCACUCAGUCCGCCCCCAUCGCCCUCCGAGAACUUCCACAUCCCCAACGACGGCUACUACAUCGUGCUACGCAAACGCAGCCGCGUGAGCCCAACGACGACGACAACGACAACACCAUCAACAGCCCUACCCAAAACACCCAUCAUCAUGGCCAACCACGCCAUGCCCAGAAGCGAGGACGACGAGUUCUUCAACGCCGGCUCGUCCCAAACCCGCAGCGGUUACCCGCGGCGGCGGUCCCACCAGCAGCGGCAGCAACCCCUCGCCUACCCCAGGCACCGCCAGCUCGGAGCGGAGGGGUCUUCGCAAGGCCGAGCGGACGCGUCCAGCGUGGCCGCGACGGGGGCCGCGCGGGAGGCGGCGACGGGCAGCGGGGCCGAUCCGUACGAGCCUGCUGUUGCUGCCACGCUGGACGCGUCGCACUCCGGGACCGCGACCGGGUCCGGGUCCAGGACCGGUGCAGGGUCCUCCAGUUCGACGGCCGGGCCGGCGGCGGGAUCGACGGCGGCGGGCGGCGCGGCGGGGUCGUCGUCGUCGUCGUCGUCGUCAUACUUGACGGAAGGCAACGUGCAGCGCACGUCGGCCUUCUACGAGUACGUACGGAAAGAGCGGGACAAGAGCGAGGAGGUUGAAGGGUCCGCGGCGGGGGAGGAGGAGGAGGCGUCGUCGGCGUCGGCGAGGGAGGAGGCGAUUCUGCGCGUCAUAGAGGAAUUCAAGGAGAAGAGGAAGGGAGGUUAG